GGGGGGGGGGGAGAGAGGUAGAAUAAGAAAGGAGAUGGAGAAAGACGAGUUCGUCUUGCUUGAGCUGAAGAUUUAUAGCUGGUGUAGUAGCUGGAAAUGAAGAAAUUGUACGGAAAUUAGGGUUUUUGCUAAUUUCAGUUUUAGUAAGUAAGCAAAUUUUGGGGGUUUUUCUACUCUUUUGAAACAUGAAUCUUUCAACAUCUGGGUUUGGUCACCAGAGUCACGACGGAGAGAAGAAGUGUCUUAACUCUGAGCUAUGGCAUGCUUGUGCUGGACCAUUGGUCUCUCUUCCAUCAUCUGGAAGCAGAGUUGUUUACUUUCCACAAGGUCACAGCGAACAGGUUGCUGCUACUACUAAUAAGGAAGUCGAGGGUCACAUACCCAAUUACCCAAGUCUACCACCACAACUAAUAUGUCAGCUCCAUAAUGUUACAAUGCAUGCAGACGUGGAGACUGAUGAGGUGUAUGCUCAAAUGAUACUUCAACCAUUAACACAGGAGGAGCAGAAGGAUACAUUUGUACCGAUUGAGUUGGGGAUUCCAAGCAAGCAACCGAGCAAUUACUUCUGCAAGACGCUCACUGCGAGUGAUACCAGUACACACGGAGGGUUUUCUGUUCCUAGACGCGCUGCUGAGAAAGUUUUUCCUCCAUUGGAUUACACACAGCAGCCACCGGCACAGGAGUUGAUUGCGAGAGAUCUUCAUGAUAAUGAAUGGAAGUUUAGGCAUAUCUUUCGGGAACUGAAGUGUAUUGGAGACGUAGGUCUUGAGGCGAUCGUUGGAUCGAACGAGAGGAACCAACUCCUUUUGGGAAUUCGUCAUGCGAGUCGACCACAGACUAUUGUACCAUCCUCUAUGUUAUCUAGUGAUAGCAUGCAUAUCGGACUCCUAGCCGCCGCUGCUCACGCGGCUGCAACUAAUAGCUGUUUCACAGUGUUUUAUCACCCAAGGUCUAGCUCAUCUGAGUUUGUGCUACCACUUCCCAAGUACAUCAAGGCUGUUUUCCACACGCGUAUUUCAGUCGGGAUGCGCUUUCGUAUGCUCUUUGAGACUGAAGAGUCAAAUGUUCGAAGGUACAUGGGUACUAUAACUAGCAUCGGCGAUCUGGAUUCUGUUCGUUGGCCAAACUCUCAUUGGCGGUCUGUUAAGGUUGGAUGGGAUGAAUCAACCGCUGGAGACAGACAGGCUAGAGCUUCUUUAUGGGAGAUUGAACCUCUUACCACUUUUCCCAUGUAUCCAUCACUGUUUCCUCUCAGGCUAAAGCGUCCUUGGCAUCCAGGCGCAUCGUCAUUGCACGGUAUCCACCAUCGGCCUCCUCCUGUUUAUGGCAGAGGAGACAUAGCAAGUGGUUUAACAUGGCUUAGAGGUGGAGCUGGAGAGAAUGGCUUACUUCCUUUAAACUAUCCAUCUGCUAGUUUAUUCCCAUGGAUGCAACAGAGGCUCGACCAUACUCUACUAGGAACUGAUCAGAAUCAGCAGUACCAAGCAAUGUUAGCAGCAGCCGGUUUGCAAAACAUCGGAGGCGGAGGAGAUCCUCUAAGACAACAGCAGUUUGUGCAGCUCCAAGAGCCAAACCACCAAUACCUUCACAAUUCCGAUUUGCUGCUUCAGCAACAUCACCAAGCAACACCACAGCAGCAAUUCCCACGUCAUCUUCUGCAACAACAAACUGAGAAUCUUCCUCACCAGAAUCUGCGAGAAGAAGUUAGUAACCAAGUAGUUGCUGCACAACCGCAACAACCAGACCGUGUGUGGCAGCAUUCGGAUUUGCUUUCACCUUCGUUCAUGAAAUCGGAUUUUGCAGACUUGAACAACAAAUUCACUUCAGUACAGCAGCAAAACUCGACCUUACAAGGCUCUGGAGAUAGUAGCAACCUCUUGAACUUCUCAAUAACUGGUCAGUCUGUACAGGACGAGCAAUUACAGACACAGGUCUGGUCUCAUAAACAACACACUCACACUGAAAGUAACGAUUUCUCCGAGCCAUUGUCUCUUCGACAAGCCUACGGUGGAGGAACAACUCCUUCUCUAGAACCACCACCACCACCACCACCACCAAAUACUCAAAACCUCUCUCUUUUCGGCGUUGAUUCAUCGGACUCUGGACUCUUCCUCCCCACCACGGUUCCUCGUUUCAGUACUGACACCUCCCCAAUGCCACUAACGGAUUCUGAAUUCCAGAACAGUUUAUACACUCCCGAAUUAUCACCACAUGGGGCUGGAGGACAGACAAAGAACUUUGUUAAGGUUUAUAAAUCUGGUUCGGUGGGGAGAUCGCUCGACAUAUCUCGGUUCAGUAGCUAUAAUGAGCUGAGAGAAGAGUUGGGUAAGAUGUUUGAUAUCAAAGGGUUGUUGGAAGACGCCUUUAGAUCAGGCUGGCAGCUUGUAUUCGUGGACAAGGAGGAUGACAUUCUUCUUCUCGGCGAUGAUCCUUGGGAAUACUAUCGCCGGAAGAUGUGCAGAAAAUGGGUGAACAUGGAGAAGGCAGCAACGGAUCCUUCCCACAGAACCUGA